AUGCGGUGGGGCCGGGGCGCGGGGCUGGCCGCGCUGCUCCUGGUGGCUGCGGGCAGAGCCCAGGUGCAGCAGGAGCCGUGGGCAGAGACCACGGAGGACACCGCCAUCACUAUCAACUGCUCUCACCCCGACAUCAAGUUAACCGAGUUCAUCAACUGGUACCGUCAGUUCCCGGGCCGAGGUCCCGAGUGGCUCGUGAGCGGUCACAAAGGGUCCCAGGAGCUGCGGUCGCCGUUGGGGCGGCUGUCGGUGUCGGCAGACCGGCGGUCCAGCGGGCUGCGGCUCUCCCGGCCCCGGCGCGGGGACGCGGCCGUGUACUGGGCCAUUCGGGCGAGGAGGGAAGAUGUGGGCAUAGCUGAUAAGCUUAUGUUUGGAAGCGGGACGACUCUCACAGUUGAACCAAACAAUGUAAGCCAUUCUGACCCACAAGUCAUUGUUAUGAAGUCAAAGAAACUGGAAGAAGAUGGAAACACUAGGAAAGCAGCUUGUUUGGCAAGAAAGUACCAUACAAAGAACAUCAUCUUGAAGGUGUCCUCUAGUGAAGUCAUAUAUGAGCAAAAUACACCUGUUUUGACAUCAGAAGGGUUGUAUGAUACUAUUAUGGUGGUCAAUGCGACAAAAGACACAGAGGUGUCCUGCACAGCCAAAUACGAUGGCAGAGAUAUUACAGCCAAUGAAACAUUGCCAGAAAAGGAGGCUGAAGAAUCAGUAACACAGAAUGUUUGCAACACCACAGACACCUCUGCACAAGAUGCUGAAGGAGAGAAAACAAACAUGCUGUCUAUGGCUGUGUUGGGCUUGAGAGUCCUACUGGCAAAAAGUGUUGCCUUCAAUACACUCAUGAGUAUCAAGCUAUUUCUUUUCUGAGCUGGUGGGGAAGCAAGGCAGCAGCACUCUGAAGAGCAGCUGAGAGAGCGUGUUCUAGCAGCACAACGGGUCAAACAGACAGUGUCAAAUCUGCUGACAACAACCAUCCAGAACACAACACAGCACCCUCCCUUCCAGAAAUUCUAUACUGCUGAGUCCUGCCUGGCUAGUUUAUUUGAUUUUAAGACUUGUAGCUGCUUUUGCUGUUUCUUUUUCUGUAUGACCUGAGGAGAUUGUAUUUUUCCUUAUCCCCCUGCUAAGUAGAAGUUGAUUACCCCACUGGUCUAGCUUCUGCAUAGAAGCAUCCAGCUUGCUUCAAUAGCUUUGAAAAAUCCAGUCCUCAUAGACAUAUGACCCUUUUACAACAUCACUUACAGGCAUGUUACAUUAUUGAUGUAUUACUGCUGAGAGAAUUCAGGCAGAGUAGAUGCUAUUUACAGCUUUAAUGUUUUUUAGAUAGCUGUAACACCAACAAUUUUCUAGUGUAGAUGAGAAGACCUGUGUUGGAUCUGAAGUGAUUCAGUUCAACCAGAUAAUGUUCAGCCCUGGAAGUGUUUCUUUAUUAAACCUGCAUUUCUUCUGCAAAAUGUGUG